AUGCCUUUUCUAUUAAUAGUGUAUAAACGGAAGUUUCCUUGGACAUCUAAAUUUUCCAUGCUUUACAUUGACAAUCCAGUUGGGACUGGCUUUAGUUUUACUGAUGAUACUGGAUAUGCAGUAAACCAAGAUGAUGUAGGAAGAGAUUUAUACAGUGCACUCAUCCAGUUUUUCCAGCUAUUUCCAGACUAUCAGAAAAAUGACUUCUAUGUUACAGGAGAAUCUUAUGCAGGGAAGUAUGUGCCUGCUAUUGGCUACUACAUCCAUACCCAUAGUUCCAAAGCCAAAGUUAAGAUCAACUUCAAAGGAGUUGCUAUUGGUGAUGGUUUCUGUGACCCUGAAAUGAUGCUGGGUGGCUAUGCACAAUUCCUGUACCAAAUUGGCUUGGUGGAUGAGAAGCAGAGGGAGUAUGUCCAGCAGCAGACUGACCUGGUAGUAAUUUAUAUCCAGCAGAAGAAGUGGAUGAAAGCCUUUGAAAUAUUUGAUACUCUAUUGAAUGGUGAUGAAUCAAAUUCUUCCUACACUCAGAAUGUUACAGGAUGUAGCAACUACUUUAACUUUUUGCAGUGCCAGGAGCCUGCUGACCAGGAAUAUUUUGGAAUGUUUUUAUCACUCUCAGAAGUGAGGAAAGCUAUCCAUGUAGGAAAUCUUACCUUCCAUGAUGGGUCUACAGUUGAGAAGCAUUUGCUUGAAGAUGUGAUGAAGACAAUAAAGCCAUGGUUGGCUGUAAUUAUGGAUAAUUACAGGGUUCUGUUAUAUAAUGGGCAACUUGAUAUCAUAGUAGCAGCUCCACUGACGGAACGCUUUCUGCCUACUGUGCCAUGGAGCAAAGUGGAAGAAUACAAAAGUGCUGAAAGACUCAUAUGGAGGAUCCAUCCCCUUGACAAGGAAGUGGCUGGUUAUGUACGCCAAGCUGGUGAAUUCUAUCAGGUAAUUGUUCGAGGUGGAGGACAUAUUUUACCUUAUGACCAACCUGAAAGAUCAUUGGACAUGAUUGACAGAUUUAUCUCUGGAGAAGGAUGGAAGACAAAUGGAUUCAAAAAUAAAACUUAAAAUGCAGUGUAAAUGUACUACCUUGCCAAAUGCUUCAGAAAUGUUUUGAAUGUACUAUAGUGAAAAUAUUGCCAUAUGGAAAAAUCAUGAAAUUGAGGAUGAGAGUAAUA